CUGAAGAAACCGAAAGUUCAAACCGCAGGUUCCAUUAUGGGUCGACUUGAUGGGAAGGUCAUCGUCCUGACAGCUGCUGCUCAGGGGAUCGGCCGGGCAGCUGCCUUAGCUUUUGCAAGAGAAGGUGCCAAAGUCAUAGCCACAGAUAUCAAUGAGUCCACACUUCAGGAACUGGAAAAGUACCCGGGCAUUCAAACUCGAGUCCUUGAUGUCACAAAGAAGAAACAAAUUGAUCAGUUUGCCAGUGAAAUUGAGAGACUUGACAUUCUCUUUAAUGUUGCUGGGUUUGUCCAUCAUGGCACCAUCCUGGACUGUGAGGAGAAAGACUGGGACUUCUCAAUGAGUCUCAACGUCCGCAGCAUGUACCUGAUGAUCAAGGCAUUUCUCCCUAAAAUGCUUGCUCAGAAAUCUGGCAACAUCAUCAACAUGUCCUCUGUUGCCUCCAGCAUCAAAGGAGUUGUGAACAGAUGUGUGUACAGCACAACCAAAGCGGCCGUGAUUGGCCUCACCAAGUCCGUGGCUGCAGACUUCAUCCAGCAGGGGAUCAGGUGCAACUGUGUGUGUCCAGGUACAGUUGAUACCCCAUCUCUGCAAGAAAGAAUACAAGCCAGACCAAACCCUGAAGAGGCACUGAGCGAUUUCCUAAAGAGACAGAAGACGGGAAGAUUUGCAACCGCAGAAGAAAUAGCCCUGCUCUGCGUGUAUCUGGCUUCUGAUGAAUCUGCCUACGUGACAGGGACUCCUGUCGUCAUCGAUGGAGGCUGGAGCCUGUGAGGCAGGGUCUCCUCGAGGGCAAGGCAGGCCCUUCCUGUCCACAGGGUAUGAAGAAAACUCACUCAGCAUCUCUUUCCUAUUAAUGGUAUAUUAAUGAAAACAAGCCCUUUUUAAUAAUGUCAUUGUUCACUAGGGUUUGAUUCUUUAAAUAUAUUAAUCUUCUAAUCUCUUGUGAAAUCAUUGUAGGUUAAUAACACCACUGCAAAAGAAUAGCUUUUAAUCCUCAAUUUGUAAGCAU